CCUGACAGCCUGCUCUGCCUGCCUGCCUCUCCUUCGCUUCGCUGCCUGCCAGUGCACUCCCCCUCCUGCUGCCGGCUGCCUACAAAUCUCUCCCGCUCCACUCUCUCCUUUUGCCCCAAAUUUCCCGAACCAACUCCGGCCCGCCCUGUCGCUUUCCCUUCCCUUCCACACACGCCGUUCGAUUCGAUCGCUUUGAUCGAUCAGGCAGGCAUGGCCGACGAGACGAAGCCAAAAGCCGCCGCCCCCGCGGCCGAGGUGGCCGUGACGGAGGCCGACAACAAGGCAGAGGAGCCCGCCCCGGUAGCGGCUGAGGAGAAGGCCGUGGAGGUGGCGGCUGAUGAGAAGGCCGUGGAGGCGGCUGCGGAGGAGGAGAAGAAGGCGGAGGAGGCCGAGGAGGCCGCCGCCGCAGGGGAUGAGGCGGCGGUGAUCGACGGCACCGGGUCAUUCAAGGAGGAGAGUAACCUGGUGUCCGAGCUCCCCAACCUUGAGCGCACGGCGCUCGCGCAGCUCAAGGAGCUCGUCGCCGCCGCGCUCGCCAACGGGGAGUUCAACCUGCCGCCGCCGCCACCACCGCCGGCAGCCAAGGUGGAGCCGGCCAAGAAGGAGGAGCCGACCAUGGAGGAGGCUAAGGAAGAAGCUCCAGCGGCGGCCAAGGAGGAUGAGCCCAAGGCUGAGGAGGCAGUCGCCGAAGAGCCCGUCAAGGAAGAGGCCAAACCUGAAGAGCCCAAAACAGAGGCGCCGGCGGAAGUAGCAGCGGCCGAGGAGGCUAAGGAUGAGGCACCCGCGCCGGAAGAGCCCAAGACUAAGGCUCCCGCGCCGGAAGAGCCCAAGACUGAGGCUCCCGCGCCGGAGGAGCCUGCCAAGGAGGAGCCCAAGGCAGAGGCGGCGGCGGAAGCGGUCGCCGAGGAGCCCAAGGCCGAGGCGGCUACCGAGGAGACCAAGCCAGCUGAGCCGGAGCCCGAAGAGAAGACGGUCGUGGUCGCCGAGGAGGAAGCCACCAAAACGGUGGAAGCCAUCGAGGAGACCGUCGCCGCCGCCACCGCGGUCGAGCCUGAGGCGGAGUCCGCACUGGCGCAGGUGGCCGAGCCGAAGGAGGAGCUGAUCUGGGGCGUGCCGCUGGUGGGCGACGACGAGCGCACGGACACGGUGCUGCUCAAGUUCCUCCGCGCGCGCGAGUUCAAGGUGAAGGAGGCCCUGGCGAUGCUCAAGUCGGCGGUGCUGUGGCGCAAGCGCUUCGGCAUCGACGAGGUCCUGGGCGCCGACCUCGGCCUGCCGGAGCUGGAGAACGUGGUGUUCUAUCGCGGCGCCGACCGCGAGGGCCACCCCGUCUGCUACAACGUCUACGGCGAGUUCCAGGACAAGGAGCUCUACGAGAAGGCCUUCGGCGACGAGGAGAAGCGGGAGCGCUUCCUCAAGUGGCGCAUCCAGCUCCUCGAGCGCGGCAUCCGGGAGCAGCUCGACUUCUCGCCCAGUGGCAUCUGCUCCAUGGUGCAGGUCACCGACCUCAAGAACUCGCCGCCCAUGCUCGGCAAGCACCGUGCCGUCACACGCCAGGCUCUCGCCCUGCUCCAGGACAACUACCCCGAGUUCGUGGCCAAGAAGAUCAUUGAUCAAUUGCAGGUGUUUAUCAAUGUGCCGUGGUGGUACCUUGCGGCAAACAAAGUGAUGAGCCCAUUCCUGACUCAGCGCACCAAGAGCAAGAUCGUCUUCUGUAGCCCCGGCAAGUCCGCGGAGACCCUCUUCAGAUACAUCGCGCCAGAGCAAGUUCCGGUCCAAUUCGGUGGUUUGUACAAGGAAGAUGACACCGAGUUCUCCACCUCUGAUGCUGUCACCGAGCUCACCGUGAAACCAUCCUCCAAAGAAACCAUCGAAAUCCCAGCCACCGAGAACUCCACCGUGGUGUGGGAGCUCCGCGUGCUGGGAUGGGAGGUGAGCUAUGGUGCUGAAUUCACCCCUGACGCCGAGGGCGGCUACACCGUGAUCGUGCAGAAGACGAGGAAAGUGCCAGCCCAUGAGGAGCCGAUCAUGAAGGGGAGCUUCAAGGUCACUGAGCCCGGCAAGGUUGUGCUCGCCGUGAACAACCCGGCGUCGACGAAGAAGAAGCUGCUGUACCGGUUCAAGGUGAAGAGCACCGCCGAAUCCGCCGCCGCCUGAGGUGUGGUUACAGCUUCCGGGCAGCACAGCCAGCUGCUUGAGCUUGACCACCCCGACGUAAUUUGAUCGAUCGCCAUUAGCCAGGUCCACAGGUCCAUACCCGCCACCAUUUGAACAUGUUGCAUGAUAGGAGAGGAGGACAAUAAAGAGUUUCUCUGUUACUUUUUCUAGGCCCGUUCUGUGUCUCGGUUCUUUGAUUAUUUGUUGGCUUGCUGUUCUUUUUUGGGGUCGCAUUUGUAUGUCUCUAGUGGCCUUGUUAGUUUCCAAGAAAUUUUAUAAAAUUUUUCAGAUUCUCCGUCA